AUGCCAAAAUCAAAAUCAUCCUCAAGAACCUCUGCCGAAACCACAACAACAACAUUGGCCAGCAAUUCUCAAUCGAAUACUUCCCUCUCGUCGACGAGUGAUGAAGCAACAUCCGAAUCACCACCACCAUCACAAACCAAACAAAGAAUUGUAAAAACACCCUACACCAAAAGAGCUUGUGUCGGAUGUCAUAAAGCCAAAGUGAAAUGCUCUCAUGAACGACCUUGCCAUCGAUGUACAGCCAAAGGUAUUGAAUGUGUGGAUUAUAUUCCUGUUCAACAACAGCAGCAGCAACAACAGCAAGCAAAUCUUUUAAACAAUCCUUCCUCAUCUCUAAAUACCACUUCUCUCAUCACACCGCACAAUGUCAUGACACUUCCAGCUGGAGCCAAUCCUUUCUUAUUUGCUGCUCAUCAUUCGAAUGGAAUGGCAGUUCCAAUGGUUCCUGUGAUCAUUCCAAUGACAGCUGCCGGUAGUACAAAUUGUAUGGUUGGUGAAGUGAAUCACAAUAAUGGAAACGGUUGUAAUGCUAGUAUUCAUAAUAGUACGAAUAAUAAUAAUAACAAUCAACAACAACAACAACAUUUUCAUCAUCAUGCCAUGUUAUUUGACCCAUCAUCGGUAUUUACGAAUAUGAAUAUGGAUGUUUCUCAUCAUGCAGCAAUAAAUUCCAUACAACAUGUUCCUACAUUGGAUUCCAUCUCAAACGGUUGUGAAUCAUCUUCAUUGCAUCAUCAGCCUCACUUUUUGCAUCCAUCACUAACGUCCCCAACGCCUUCUCAUCAUCAUGCUUCUAGUAAUCAUCAAGAAUUUAAUUUGUGUUCGGAAAGUAAUACAGACUCUCUUUCGCCGUUUCUUUCGUUCGGAAAAGGAAAACAAAACUUUGAACCUUUUUCAGUAUUUAAUACGAUGAAUAAUAGUAACCAUGAAUCAAACACAAGAAUUGAAGAACUUGAUCAUUCUUCGAGUGUGGAAUUUGAAGAAGACGUUGUUGAUGAAUCCAUUGUAGCUGCUCAUCAACCAGAAUUAGAUGAUUCCUCUCGACAACUUUUACCUUACAUUCCCAAUUCUCUACCUCCACCUUCAACAAACCCAACAAACAACUCUGAUAUUGCAAAUAUUGGAAUUAAGAGAAUUGAAACAAGACAUUAUAGAAUUGAAAAAUUAUAUUUUGGCCAACAGCAGAACCUCAACGAGUAA